AUGCGCCGGGUCACGAAGAAGUAUCUUGUCCUCGCCAAUGCUGGAACAUUUGCAUUUCUCCUCCUUGUCGUCCUGAUUCUCAACCUCUUGCCAGGACCGAGGAAUCGAACUUUUGGAUGGACGACGAUAAGGUAUCGAACCACCGCGAAGUCUCUGCCAGCGGCUCGAGGACGAUGUUCAGGAUUGGCGAAAUCGUCGAAGCCGGCGCUGGUGGUGGCGAGGGUGGUGGCUGAUGGAGAUGCUGCCUGGCUGGACGCGUUGUCUGGAAAGUAUCACGUCUGCAGCUAUGUCGCGGAUGCACCAAUCGACGAGACAUCUUGGGAGGGCCAGCUCCCUGCGAACCGCGGACAUGAAGCGAUGGCAUAUUUGACCUGGAUCAUCGACAACUACGACAAUAUUUCAGCGGCCGGAGCAGUGUUCGUUCAUGGAUCGAGGUGGGCAUGGCACAAUGAUGCGCCUGAGUACGACAAUGCGGCGCUACUCAUAGCUCUCAACGCCACAGCCGCUCUCGAGCCAUACGGGUACCACAAUCUACGUUGCGACUGGAGUGCAAGUACUUGUUCAUCGAAGGAGUCGCCGCCGCAGGGUAGCCUCGAGACCAUCUUCAAGGCGAAGCUGCAACCAUGGGAUGCCCGAGCAGUGUCUGAUGCAGCACUUCUCGGGACACUCAGAACACUGUUCGAUGACUAUGCUAUCGCCGGCGCCGCUUCACUUGCACGUUCCGACGCCAUCCGAUCACAGUGCUGCGCACAGUUCAUUGUCUCUCAAGAACGGCUAUGGCAGCAUACGCAAGCCGAAUAUACUGCUCUGCGACAAUGGCUACUGGACAGCGGCGAGCAUGCCGCUCCAGUCGAUGAUAAGAUCGCUGGUCGGAUCUUGUCCUACAUCUGGCAUAUACUGUUCAUGCAGGAUCCUGAUCGCACCAUCAAUCUGGAUCGAAUCAAUGCUCAAGCAUGCCCUACGGCGCAAGAGUGCUACUGUCGGCUGUAUGGAAGAUGCAAUCUGGAGACGUGUACGCGGCCUGGAAGAUGUCAUGGGCAGUAUGCUGUGCCGCCUGGGUAUCGAUUGCCGAAGGGAUGGGAGAGUAGUCACCAAGCACUUCUUUGA